AUGCGCAUCCCUGGCACCCUGACCCGCUGCGUCUCUCUUGCUCCUCGAAACACCUGUGUUGGGCUUAAGAGGGGCAUGUGCACACCUGUGGGAAGGCAGGGUGAGCACGGGCUGACCGUAAGCAACAAAUCAUUCCUCAUCAUCAUCAUUCGGAAGGGCAAUGGAGUCUACUCUACAGAACAUCAAUUGAACGCAAUAAAAGUGGAACUCACAGCCCGGCUGAGGGACGUGGGGAGGGAGGUGGUCCCACAUGUUAUGCGGGUCAGGCGCCGGAAAUCAGGAUGGAGCCGAGGACGGCACAAGCAGUCUGUGCGCAAAACGAGCUGCAAAAAGACGUCUGCGGUGCAUGCCUCUGCCCUGAUUCAGCGCAUCCCUUUCCCGUGCCAAGCGCAUGCUCUGCCCGUUAUCCGGUGCAUGCUCAGCCCGUUCAGUGCAUGCUCUUCCCGAUCAGUGCAUGCUCUUCCCCGACACCAGUGCAUGGCUCUUCCGCGUUCCAGUGCAUGCAUCAUAGCCACGUGUUCAGUGCAUGCUGUGCUCCGUUAA